GUGGUACGCGCUACUUUUGUGGGUCAGUUGCUUCUGUUUAACACUCCACUUCCCAGUCCCCUUUUUCACAUAGCUGCCGUCAGACCCAUACUUUUGUGAAGCUUCAUGAGUUCAUGCCUAGUUUCGUGCAAAGAAUAUUGGACAUUUUCUUAUGAGUUAUAUAUAUGUUGUCACCACCCGGGUGUUGACUGGGCCCAGUCAACAUUUGUAUCGACCAAAUAGGACAGUGUUAGGCCGCCCACCAUAGGGAACGUAGGGCCAGAUUUGGGGCUUUGCAACAUAUUUUCCACGUCUGGCUAUAUGUAUUUUAACCCUCAAUUUAGCCCCAUGUUUUGGCCCUACUUCUGGCCCUGAGAUUUUACAAAUUGCCAGACAUCUGGCCCAGUGUACUGAUUAUUGGUCAUAUGUUUGGCCCAGAUGAAACUGGCCCAAUGCUCGGCCUCAUGGGUGACGUAUGUUGCCCUAUUUGGCCCGACAAAAGUUUUGACUGAACCCCCAGUCAAUGUUUGGCCCCAUUUGCACUACAUGUGGGGACAAAUAAUGUUUCACCGUGUUAGUCGAACCACUGGGGCAAAAUGUGGCCAGAAUUAACCUCCGGCCCACUUCGUAAGUUUUGGGCACAACCCCAAAAGUUUUACUUCGAUAAUUCCGGACCUUCUCCCCGAAAGUCAAGAGUUCCAAACUGCACCCAGUUUGUCCCUGGGAGUGUCACAAGUUCCAAAGUCUGCCGGAGGUUUGUCCUCAAAAGUGUCAAGUGCUUCAAAGUGCGCCCUGAGUUUUCACUCUCGUUUAAAUUUUCAAAAAUCCAUGUACAAUAUGGAAUGUGUCAACAAAAUCUAUCAUUUUGACUAAGAUAGCCGAGGUUUGGCAGACUAGUAUUGAUACUGGGUGAUGAUUGAAGGUGAAGUCAAAAUUUGGACUGCGGCUGGAUUCAAACCAGUGACCACCAGGUCUCGUAGCUCACUUGGUAGAGAAUCGGGCAGGAAACCCGGUGAUCGUUUGUUGGAAUCCAGCCGCGGUCCAAGUUUUCAAUUCACCCUCAAUCAUCACUGAGUAUCAACAGUUUGCUAAACCACAGCUAUCUCAGAUAGUCUGAAUGAUAAUCAAUAUGAUGCUCCCCCUCUCUAAUUCAGAUUUGGAUUGGGAUGUGAAGUCCUGACUGGGCAGCCAGUGUGAGUACGACCCAUCGAUAGUAAUGCAUCACAAAUUCACAUGGUAGUUGGGCGAAACCCUUAGCGAUUGAAAUGAAAUAAAAAUCAGGUCAGAAGUCGGAUCUCGUAGCUCAGUUGGUAGAGCUCGAGCCGGAAGCCAGGUAGUCUCUGGUUACAAUCUGGCUGCGGUCCAAAUUUUCGUUUCACCUUUAAUCAUCCGGUAUCAAAAAAUUUAUUAUCAAAUACACAUAAAAUUUCUCUUUCCUUUAUUCCGUUUGGAUGACGCUUUACGGCAUUUCAGGCAGGACCGGAAAUUCGUGUAUUUCAUCUUGCAGGCAGUUAUUUAUUUCUUCGUCAUUAGACAAUGAAAUAGGUUAAAUAGCUAAUUCAGGUAAAUAUUAAUCUCAAACUUACUGUGACUACGGGAAGGAACUGAUGGCGAGCAGUAGUAGGAAACAGGACUUGGUGCUAAUUGAACAUUAUUAACAGUAACCUUUCAACUGUGUAUUAGGCUGGCCCUACGUGGUGCCAGAAAUCUGUACUCUGGGGCCAUUUGUAAAAGCGUAGAGCCAAAUAUGCUGAACUUGGAACUAAAAGGAGGAUUGGAAAACACCGUGCCGGGCGUAAGGAAAAUGUUGUGGGACCUGGUGUCAGGCCCUACAUUUGGCCGACAAAAAUGUUGACUGGAACUAUCGAAAUGAAAUGGUGAAAUUUUGUUGGGAAAAACGUGUAUGAACUCAUCUUUGAAACCCCCUAAGGUACUUGUUUUCCUAAGCUAACCCUAGUGUCCGCAUUGCCAUAAAUUAUGUGUGCUUGACCAAAACCUCGUGCUGGAUGCGAAUUAUCAGUUCUCCAAUAUACAUAGGUAAUGAAAUAAAAGCCGUUAAAUGUCUUUUGAAAAAAAAUAUAUAUUAACAAUCGGUAGAACGUUUCCGGAAACCCCACCGGUUCAAUUGAACUAACAUCUACCUGUAGCUUUUUUCAUGUGCUGCUGAUUAUUCUUUGGUUGCUAUAAUGAGACUCGUUGGACAGUAAUUCGUUCACCAGUUAUCUAGCACGUCACAGUGUACCGGUAUGAUCGAACAGAUGCACAGUUCUUGUUAUUAAGUUGCGUUCUCUUGUUGCUUACUAGCUCGAACUUUGAUAAGUGAAAGGAGUCACUUCGUUUCUUUAUCUGUCCGGAAUGCAUACACAUUGCCUUCAAGAUGUUUCCUUCGUUUCUUUUCUGCUAUAAAACAGGAAGUUCCACUACAGAAUAAGGCAAACACACUUUGACCCGCAAAGUAUGAAUGAACUUAGGGAUAUAGAACAUCUUCCAGACUAAACCUAAACGUAAGCAACAUAAAAAAUGUAUACUGUACCGAAAUUAUCGGGUUUGAAGUUAUCCUUUCAGUUGCAUAUGACGUAGUUAAAUAUCUUCUCUGAGGUACGACAAGGAGAUGAAGUCCAGCUCUCCACAUCAUUACUCGUUGAUUAGGCCGGCUUCGACGGUGAUUGCAAACGCGUUUGUCCUUCACAUUUUCCAAAAGGUUUCAGCCACUUUCUAGGUUAAGAAUUAUUUGUCGAAAUCUAACUAGGGCUAUGUGUAAUAUGGUGAAUAACUACCGUUUGUCCCGGUAAAAGUCCUGCGUAUCGCUCAAAGGUUUCUAAAACAACAGUUCCUGACACGAACAGUGCACUAUAAUCCUCAGGCCCCGACUGGCUUUGACUCCUAGGGUGCUGUAGGUCAGUACUGAACGUACAUCAAUCCCACCAGUAGUGUUUAUUUUUUCAUAUUCCUAUGAAGAUAUAAAGAAAAGACUUCAAUAAAAAAAUUUUUUUCUGUGUGAUAUCAUUAUCAAAAGGUGUACAAUCGUACUUAAAUAUAAUUACCGUCUACAUCCAAUGGUAAAGGGUGCCAACGUGGUUUGUAAAGUUGUAAUUUGUAGGUUGCUGUCAGGAAAACUAUGUAGGCUCCAUUAAAUUGUCUUAUGGUGUGGAUAGUCGAGUUUUGUGAAAUGAACGUGAGUAGCAUCAAAUGGUUAAAAAUACAUACCGAAAUGGUUAAGUAACCGUCGAUGAGAAAGGAAAUAGCACCCAAAAUAGGAAAUUGUUAUGAGUUUAAACUGGAUAGUUACAAAUAAACAAAGUCAAAACCGAGAAGUCGAGAGGAGUUGGUUAAGUUCAGAGAUUUGCAACGUUAAUGAAUAAGAUAAUUGGUAACUUUCUUCUGAACACAGUGUCGGCUUCUACUUCCGUAUUGCUUAGACUUCAACGACGCAUAAUAGACGAAAACCUACACCUUUUGAAAGCUUUUUCUGAGCCCUAUGAACAAUAUAAAAUGAAUCUUCUGAAGCUGUGUUCAUUGUCCACUAAGUAUUGUGGCAUUUAAUUUUUGACUGGUCCUAAUUUACCUCUAGUUAAGCGAGUUGAAAUAUCUUUACGUCGACAGUGAACAAACUGGCUGUUUGUUCGGCUUACGUACCUACCCUGACACGACCGGGUGAAGUGAUCUAUGCAGACAUAAAGUCAACGUUAAGCGCUUCACUGAGGUGCAUCGGACCAAGUGUCCACAUCUCACGUGAACAUGCAAGCAACAAGUGGAUGGAAGACAACAGAUAUCAAAGUAGAAGAAUGUGAAUAUCAAAGUUAAAAAUAAUGUUCAAGCUUAAGAUGGCGUUAAACAGUAUAUACAUCUGUGCUGUUGUAACCGAUUUUCAUCCAUUUCACCGACGUUAUGCAGCUAUUCAUUCCUUUAGUCUUGAGGACUCCAGCCAAGUCAUAUACGCCUCCCUUAACGGCUCACACCAACAGACUUCAUAAGUUGGUGCCACGUCUUGGUCUAGCUACCCUGAGCCUUUUUCAAACCCAUCCCAACUGCUAGCAUUGCAUAUAGAGGUAGCCGGUAACAUGCAACACAUGUCCAAGCCGCCUCAGUCACUGAAGGUUCACAUAAUCGUCUACCGACUCGCCUUCUUUGCUUAGUACCUUUCUCUUAACCUCGACGUUACAAACAUGGUGAUUUCACCAUACCAGAGCAACGCUACAAAGACCCUUGUGGUCGAAACCCUGUAUUCGCUUUAUACUAUGUCAAAGGCAGUCUAAGUCCUGUAAUAGAAGAGGACAGACUGCAGCGCAGUUUGCCCGUUUUUUAAUAGGUAGUAGGAUAUCUUUCCGGCGCUACAGAUGGUGCAAGUUGGCAAAUGCUAACCAGGCUAAGAUUUCGUUAGAGACCAGCCCGUUCAAGCUAAUGCAACCCUCCAAGUACAUGAAGUGGUUGACACAUCCUGCCACUUCACUCCCUAUAAUUAAAUAGAAGUGGUUGCAGACCAGUCCUGAGGCAUCAUCUUACAUUUGACAGAUGCGAAACGCAUACCAGUUAAACGUACUCGGAUUUCUGCUUAAGGCACUCAGAAUACCUUACAUUUUGUGAAAGUCUUCACCUAGCAGGACAAUGUCGUCUGCGUACUCCGAGUCAAUCAGUUGACCUCCAGGGAGUGGAUCAGUUUUUAUAAAGUCAGAGGUACCAAAUGUUGUAUCCACUAAUAUAUUUAUGAUGACGUUGAACAGGAACAGUGACAUUGGGCAUCCAUUCUGGACACCACUAGUUGUCAUCGAUGCAGAUGAUAAGUCUCCACAAGUCCCCUACAUGGCUGCGUGAUUUCGAGUAGAGAGGUUUUAUUAUCUUUAUAUACUUGCUCGAAACUCCUUUCACAACCAGAUAGACAAAAUUAACGUACAACCUCGCACACAAGUGUGAGGUUCAGUGACUGUAUUUAGUUCGACCAAAUAGUUGCCCUCGACAAGGUUAAUCCUUAUGAAGUCAAAAAAAAUAUUGGAAACCCUCAUAUGAACGUCUGUGAAAGAGUUAUAUAAGAAUGAAGAGAGUAAACAUUGCUGAGGUACACCAGUGGAAGUAUACAUAAAUCGGGUAUACAUUUUCCGUAGUUAUCCUACAUGCUUAUCAGUUUUGCUCUUGUCCACAUUCUCAUCUGUUGUUCAUGACAUUGAGUUCUAUUUGCUACAUAAACUGUAUCUAUUUAUAAGAAAUAAUUGCAACAACCCGACUAUAUGAAGGCAUGUGCACUAAGUGCCGGCUGUAUAAUGCUACAUGACUGCCGGAUAUUCUAUACCAAUCAUCCUACUGAGUAAAGUGAUUCUUAGAGAAAUUUAGUUAGAGACUAUCGAAUGAAUCUGUCAAAAUUGUAUGAAUGACUUCAUUUUUGUUUGUAAGGUACACUAGUUAUUUUUGUGCAUACCUACCAAUAUUUUAUCUUUUUUGGCAGGACAUUGAGUUUCCAUCCACUAAAAAAAACAUGAAAUUGUCACCAAUAUCAUUACUGCUGAUGGAAACUUGAUUCAAUCAUGUCAGCAUCUUACUUAUCAUUCUUCCUGAAGAAAGUGCACCCAAACAUCAGUCUGUGCAUCAGGAAAUUCGCCUACAAAAUCAAUACAAAAGAACAACUUAGUUUUAAAAACCUACUCUCUGAAUCUCAGGAAUCAGCACUCGGGGAAGACGUUUUGCAUGCAGAACAAGUGGAUGUCUUAAGAAACAGGGACCGAGUCUAUUCUUCUUCUCACAGCAUCAGUGCUAAGAUACCUAACCCUUCAAGAUCUCUUAAUUCAGAGGACUUAAAUAAAAUUUAUUCCGACGAAGACCCUUCAUUACCACCAUUAUCUGCUACAUGCUCAGGAUGUGGUUCACCUUUACACAGCAAAACUGCAGGAUACCCAGGUUUUAUACCUGCAACAGAAUAUAAAAAUAUGGUCUCAAGUGCAGGGUGGUCACGUUCCCACUCGAAGUGUAGAGAAAUUGCUUUUACUCUCUGUGUACGCUGUAACCUUCUUCAAAAACAUGCUGAUGCAGCAAAGGUAACGUUAAAUGAAUCUUGUUUUCACUCCAAAGUAAUCAAGGAAAUACGAAACCAUGAUGACACAGUCAUAAUCUUAAUUGCCGAUUUGAUUAACCUUCCACAUUCGUUGAUUCCGGAAUUGCAUACAGAAUUAGGAGGUAAAAGAUACAUACUUGUUGGUAAUAAGGCAGACCAGUUACCUGGGGAUAGCCCUGAUUUCUUAGAGCGGUGGCGUUCGGCUUUAUUGGGAGCAGCAGUCUUCAGAAGCAAAGUACCAAGAGCCAAUGUUAAUUACAUUUCCAUCAUCAGUGCAUUAACUGGUUAUGGCAUUACAGAACUCGUGGACUUCCUGUUAUCCAAGCGUUUUCAUUCUAAAAAUCCAGUAUAUUUGAUAGGUUCUGCAAAUGUUGGAAAAUCUAGUCUGUUUAAUCGUUUAUUGCUAUCAGAUUUGUGUAAAGCAGAAGCUAAGGAAUCCAUUCAUCGUGCUACAAUAUCAACAUGGCCAGGUACUACAUCUGGUCUUCUUAGUUUCCCGUUAACACUAAUGAAUUCAGCUAAACGAGGUCAACGAGUACAGGCACGUAGUGAAGAAACCUAUCAAAAGUCUAUCUUAAAAAAGCAAUCUAAUCCAUCUUAUGGUUUUCGAUAUUUGAAGCCUAGGGAAAUUCUUUCUGGUAUUGAUGACAGACGAUCAUUAAACUACCAUGCAGUACAGAAAGCUCGUGAAAAACUUCCAGAUUUGAAUAAUUUACCAACAUACACAUGGGAAUCCAGUGAAACUAUAAAAUCUGAUAACUCUGGAGCUUGUAUAGCUAGCGAAUUUGGUUUUGAACAGUUAACUUCCCAGUUCUUGCAUGGAGACAUUUUUAUUGAUAAUGCUACAUGGGACGGAGAUCAAGGUACUCGACUGUUGACGAAUGUUUUGGAUCCACGAUACUUCAAUAAUCAUGCAUGGUGUUAUGAUACUCCAGGUGUGCUUUGUGAAGAUCAAAUUCUGAACUACCUUCCAUCAAAUCUGUUACAUUUUAUGGACAAGUACAAAUCAAAAGGGACAGGUGUUUUUCAUUUACCGAAUGGCAUGAAAAAUAGAGUUCUAAUUCCGCGAACAUUUGUUAUGCAACCAGGUCUGUGUCUUUUAAUAGGAUCGCUUGCCCGUCUAGAUGUAUUAAAGGCUCCAGGUUCCGUUUACUUUACUACUUUUUCUCAUCUUCCGAUUCAUAUUGUACCGAUACAAGAGGUAGAUGAAUAUAAACGUCAGUUCAAUGAAUUCCUCCCUCCUGUUGUUGAUUCUUCUCAUAGUAAUAAUAAUAAUCCUGGACCAUGUGGAGUACUACCACCUAUGAAAUCAAAAAAUCUAGAUCCUAUAGAGACAGUGGCUAACUUAGGUCAAUCCAACAUAGAUGUGGUUUUAUCUGGAGCAGGAUGGGUCAGUAUAGCUGCGUUAUCCAAAGAAGAUAAACAGUCCUCACAGGAAGAAAAUCUCGAAGAACUAUGCAACAAAACCUGCAUCACAGACGAGAAUAAUAUGUCCGGUAAUAGUGUUUUACUGUCAGCAUGGACUCCAGGAGCUAUGGGUAUUUCAGUUAGAACACCACCACUUGUUCCAUUUGCUAUCAGACGUCGUGGUCAUCGUUUAAAGUGGUUAAGAGAAUUUUCAGUAACUGAUUUAGGUAAUAUAUCUGAGUGCGCUUUCUUAAAUAUGCUGAAUAACACAUUUUUGAAAUGUCCUGUCCCUAGAAAUGUCAGGUCAAAGAUUAUAUUAAUUAUGACUAAUGGUUAG